GUUUGUUGUCAUCUCGUUUUAUACGCCGAUUUUAUACAUAUUAGUUGUUGCAAUGCUGAGUUUGUCAAAUCGUUGACCAAUCCAACCGCUACCCUUGCAACAAACCAAUAUGCUAAAUCGGUUGUGCGGUGUUUUGAAAAACAAUGCUCAAUUGUCGUUUCGUUGCUGACAGAUUCACCAAAAUGGUGGCAACACAGUUGAAAGCAAUUGCGGUUAGUGGUGGUGCAUUUUGGUGUGCCUACUAUUGUUGUUUUUGUAUAGGUUGGCUGUUGUUUGGCAACAGUUGAUGAAAAAGGAAAAAGAGAACGAAAGUUGAUUGAAGCAAAUCGUGAAUUUUUGGAAUCAAUGGUGGCUGUGGAAUUUUCGCAAGUGAUUUAAUACACAUAAAAAUAGCAAAAAUCUGGAUCACAUAAAUACUUUAAGAUAAGUAUAUAAAAUGAAAUCAAAGCGUAACAAAACUGAACCACAAUUCGAAGAAAAUGGUGACUCUGAAGCCGCAGAGUGUAACGAAACCGGUGAAAAUUGUGAGCUACAAUCUCCACAAGCGCAAACCCGGUGGACACCAGAAUGCACACGAGUUAUGCUGCAACUGCGUUUUGAAAGGCAACUAGAGUUCCAACAACGUAUAAGACAGAAAAAAGAACUGUGGUCUGAGAUUGCCACUGAAAUGAGGCGUCAAGGUUUGUGCGACUUUUCAUUAACUGCGGAAGUCUGUGAUUUGAAAUAUCGAAAUAUGCUGCAAACUUAUAAGAAGAAUAGAUUGAAGGAAGAUAGUGGAAUGCAGUCUUUAAUAGCGUGGGAGUAUUAUGACAUUUUCAAGGAGGCAUUAACAGCUUCUGAUGAUUUGGAUGCAUACCAAGAGGGGCAUGAACGUGUUGUGCCAUCAUUGUUUUGUGAAUCUGUAUGCGAGGUAACUAACGAAGACGAGAUAUGGUCGGAAGCAAACGAAACAGAUUCCAAAUUGACACUUGGCGAAUCAGCAGUUAAUGUUAAGGCAAAUGCAUUAGAAAAUGGAAUAGAGGAUGCUAAAACUAAUGCAAAUACUAAUACUAUGGCUGUCAAUAGCAGAAAAAGAAGCAGAAGGUCUUUGAUGAAAACUGAAACGGUUAGCCCAUCCCCAACAAGACAAUUAGAUACAAAAACCACUAGCGAGUCAAAAACAGCUAUUCAACGUCAAAAUUCAAAACCUGAAGCUAUUGCGCUUGCAAACCCAAAUGAUGAAAUGGCUAACGUUAAGCCGGAUACAUCUUUUCGCCCGCAGCGCAAGCGUGUCUGCUCGUCUAUUAGUGUGCCGCCAACUGCUAUAAGUGUAGAAACUACAGGGACGGAUGUAGAACCUCAGAGCCAAGUUUCAGUAAAUGCCAUACAAAAUGAUCCCAUCAUAUCGUCUACAUCUGCCGCAACAAUGCCCAUUCCAAAUAUAAUGCAUGCACCACCUCUACAACCGCAAACAUCACAAUCUGCCGUUCCACCACUUCUUAAUCAAACACCCAUUACCAUUGUUCAUCCAAAUAAUUUGCAAGCCGUACCGAUGGGCUUAGCGCCUUCAGAAAUGCGCGAGUGUCAAGUGUUUGGUGAAAGUAUUGGUUUACAAUUGGCUAAUGUUAGAGAACCGCAUACACGAGCGAUGUUGCAAUUAAAAAUACAAGAACUACUUUAUUUAGCGAAGACUGGCAAACUUCUGGAAACAGCUCGCUUUUGAUGUGUGGAUUGAAAAGAGUUGACCAUGAGCUAUAACAAAUGUAUAUGUUCGAUUUAUAUUGCAUAUGUAAAAUAUAUACGAAAUAAGAAGUCAUUUAAAAACUAAA